AUGGCGCGCUUAUCCGGUCUUCAGCGCGAAGUCUUGUCUCUUUACCGCAAAUGUCUUCGUGAAACACGAAAGAAGCCUACCGACGUCAGACCCAAUUUCCUGCAGUUCACUCGGACCGAGUUCCGGGAGCACCAGAAUUACGACAAGAAGGACUUCAGCGCUAUCGAAUACAUGCUUCGGAAGGGUCAGCGCCAACUGGAAAUCUACUCAUCGCCGGGCAUUCGAAAUGUUAUGAAAUAA